CGCCCUUCUCACUUGAACUUCUGCCAAUCGAGCAGAUGAUUGUACUCACUUCAACACUCCAUGCAGCAUCUUUAAAUGCGAAACACUGAGAUCAGCGGAAUUCUGUCGACCUCACUGGAGUUUCUGCACUUUUAACAGGUGUUUGUAUGGCCACAGGGCGCAGAAGACCAAAAACGACAUAUAUCAUUAAGCCAUGUCCAGUGGGAAAGAUGCACCUGUUACAGAAAACUCCGGGAAAAUGUCCCUUCAGGCCUCUCUUGAAGACUGCAUGGAGGCUCUGGACCUGUUCCUCAACAAUCACUUUAAUGAGUGUUUGGACAAACUGCGACCAAGGUCCAAGGAGAGCAUGUAUCACGCUCUGAUCUACGCCACAGUAUUAGAGAUGCAAGCCAUGAUGACGUUUCAGCAUGAUGACAUAGUGCAUGCUGGGAACACCAUGAAGAACGCUCAGGAUGUGUGCCAGAGGUUCCGUAAGAAGUCGGGCGGUCUGUCGAGCCGAGGAGCAAAUGAUAAUCAAGCAGAAGAGCAGCUUCACGCCGAGGUGUGUUAUGCCGAGUGUUUGCUACACAGGGCGGCUCUCACGUUCCUUCAGGAUGAGAACAUGGUGAGUUUUAUCAAAGGAGGAAUCAAAGUUCGGAACAGUUACCUCAUAUACAAGGAGCUUAACGCCAUAAUCCAAUCAGAUACCUUUUCCAAAGGACCAAACCACAAGCAUUUAGAGGGGGGAGUCUCAUUUGGAAUAGGGGCUUUCAACUUGACUUUGUCGCUGUUUCCCGCGAGGAUACUCAAGUUGCUUGAGUUUGCAGGGUUUUCUGGAGAUAAGGAGCUUGGCAUCUCUCAGCUGUACACGGGUGCCACCUCUCACAGCCUGCGCUCCAUGCUGUGUGCUCUACUCCUGCUCUGUUUCUACACAUUCCUCUCCUUUAUUUUAGGUAGUACUGGAGAGGGAGACGUAGAAGACGCAGAGAGACUGCUGAAGCCGUUUCGCCUGCGCUAUCCACGUGGAGCGAUCUUCCUCUUCUUUGCAGGUCGAGCCGAGGAGAUCAAGGGCAACAUUGAUCAGGCAGUGGCGCUGUUCGAGGACGGCUGUAAGGCCCAGCAGGUGUGGAAACAGUUCCACCACAUGUGCUACUGGGAGUUAAUGUGGUGUUUCACCUACAAGAAACACUGGAAGAUGGCUUACUUCUACGCAGACCUACUCUUCCAAGAGAGUCGAUGGUCAAAGGCUAUGUACAUGUAUAUGAAGGCUGCUUAUCUCAGCAUGCUUCCCGAGUCAGACGCUCGGCCAUUCGGUGAUAAUGAGGUGAAUCUCUUUAGACAGGUUUCUACAUACAAACAGAAGAUAGCGGGCAAAUCACCGCCCACAGAGAAGUUCGCCAUCCGCAAAGCUCGGCGGUAUAAAGCCAGUAAUCCAGUCAAACUUCCAGUUCCUGUGCUUGAAAUGAUGUACAUGUGGAACGGUUUCUCCAUGAUCAGUAAACGCCCUGAGCUCACACAGGGUAUGAUGGAUACACUGUUAGACGCGGAGCGCACCCUAGCGGCAACUCCAGAAAACGAGUUGACGGUGGACGACAGGUGUGUCAUCCUGCUUCUGAAAGGACUGUGUCUGAAGAACCAGGGCCACAUGCAGGCCGCAGAAGAAUGCUUUGACCAGGUUUACAGCAGUGAAAAGAAGCUGAAGUUCGAUGAUUAUCUGGUUCCUAAUGCUCUGCUGGAGUUGAGUCUCCUGUAUGUGGACACGGGGCGGAAAGAUCAAGCCAUCAAACUGCUGCAAAAAGCAAAGAAUAACUACAAAGAAUAUUCAAUGGAGUCUCGUACGCAGUUCAGGGUCCACGCCACCCUGACCAAACUGAAGGCUGAUACAAGCGACCAGGAUGAAAUAACAGUGUUGUGAGGCAUCCCGGAGACUACAAUAUAGACUUUCUAGUGUUCUUCCUGGUUUACACCCAGCGUACUGGACGGCCCGUCUCACACUUCCACAAGAGGGCUUAGGUGGUUUUAAAGGGAACCCUAAAAACGUUUCCCUCGGGAAGCUGAUGUGCCACAUUGACGUUUAUUUUAGUCUAACAGUAGUUCAGAGACGAGAUUUUUCAGAAACCGGGGUGUAAACUCUUGUGUGAUAAAUGUACAUUUUAGCAAAAAUUAAAAAUAAUGUUUCUGUCUAUUUUGAAUUCUGUACAGGUUUAAUAGGAGAAAGGAGAACUGUUAAACUGACUUUAAUAAUAAGAUCAAACCACGUUUACACUUAAUUAUGAAGAUGAUUUAAAGAAGUUGAUUAUUGUAAGAUGCUGUUUGGAAUUGAAUACCACUGAUGUAUUCUUUUCUUAAAAUCAUUUAC